AUGGGCUGGAAAAUGUACAGCAAAAGGAAAUCUUUAAAGAGAAGGAGAAAAAGACACAACAGAGAGAAGAGUCAUGUCCUGCAGAUUCGGUAGACUUUCUGAUGGCAGAAAUGCCAUUUGUCAAUACAGAUAUUGAAGAUGAGUUUGAUAUGCAUGCAACGUCUGAAAUAAAUAUAAAGAAGAAAAGAAAGAGGACUACUGGAAGGGAAAUCGAAGAAGGCAGUGAGAGAAAGAAGAAAAAGAAUUAUCAGCCAAAUUAUUUUAUUUCUCUUCCAAUUACUAAUCCAGAGAUAACUGGCAGUAUUCAGGCUGUCCAACAUGCAAUAAUACAGAAGGAUCAAAGGCUUUCCAGAGCAAUGGUUCACUCUGGCUCAUUGCAUGUCACCAUGUUAUUGAUGCAUUUAUCCAAUGAAGAAGAAAUUAGCGUAGCAGUUGGUGCUCUUUCAGACAGCAAGAAUUUUGUAGAAGAUCUCCUGAAAGGAAAAACCGUGGAUUUGUCUUUUCAAGGAAUUGAUCACUUCAAAAAUCAAGUUGGAUUUGUGAAGCUGGCAGAAAAUGAUCAUAUAACUUUACUUACGGAAAUAGCAG